AUGCGCGCCUCGAUCCUCGCUGCCUUGGUGUUGGCCGGCGGGAGCGUGUCCGCCUCCAGGUGCUCAGCCCUGGGCAACUCGACAAACUCGACUGCUUCUUGCAAGUUUCUCCCCGGAGACGCUGGGUGGCCCUCUGCAAACAUCUGGGCGCAGCUCAAUGAGACCGUCGGAGGCCGUCUCGUCGCUACCGUGCCACUGGGAAGCCCAUGCCACGGAGAUGCUUACAAUGCAACUGAAUGCGCUCGCCUUCAGGAGGCUUGGCUUUACUCGGAAGUUCACAUGGAGUCGUCCUCCUCGGUCAUGGCCCCCCUGUUCGCCAACGCCAGCUGCGACCCCUUCACGGCCAAAGACACCCCUUGCACCUUGGGCAACUAUGUCAGCUACGCCGUGAACGCGACUGGGCCCGCGGAUGUCCAGGCCGCGCUCAAGUUUGCCGACGAGAAGAACGUGCGCUUCAUCAUUCGCAAUACGGGCCACGACUACAACGGCCGGUCGACCGGCGCCGGUGCCCUGGCCAUCUGGACCCACUACCUCAAGGGAACCGAGAUCUUGGAUUGGGAGGAUGAACAUUAUACCGGCAAGGCCCUCAAGGCCGGGGCGGGCGUGCAAGGGUUCGAGGCCAUUGCCGCCGCCAACGAUGCUGGGCUCGCCGUCGUCACGGGAGAGUGCCCUACCGUUGGCUUUGCCGGAGGUUACGUUCAAGCUGGUGGCCAUUCCGCCCUGAGCACCAUCUACGGCUUGGCCGCCGACAACACCCUCUCCUUUGAGGUCGUCACUCCCACGGGAGAGCUCCUCACUGCCUCGAGGGCGGAAAAUGAAGACCUGUACUGGGCAUUGAGCGGCGGCGGCGGCGGCAACUACGGCGUCGUCACGUCCAUCACCACCAGAGCCCACCCCGACGCCCCCGUCAGCGGUGCAAAGUUCCUCGUCUCCGUCUCCGACAAUGAGACCCUGUACCAGGUCAUUGACACAUUCCACGCCGCCCUCCCGGACAUCAUCGACUCGGGCGUCAUGAUCAUCUACUUCUUCGGCCCGGGCUUCCUCCAGUCUUCGGCCAUGACGGCCUACAACAAGACCCAGGCCGAGGUCGAGCAGAUCCUGCAGCCCCUGACCGACUCCCUCGCGCUGCUCAACAUCACCCUGCAGCCCAACUUCACCUCCUACGACAGCUACCGGGACCACUACAACCACUACUGGGGCCCCCUCCCCUCCGGCAACAUCCAAGUCGGCACCCAGCUCUUUGGCGGCCGUCUCCUGCCCCGGGCCGUCCUCCCCGACUUUGGCCCCACCGCGCGGCAGCUCGUCGCCCUCGGCGUCACCUACAUUGGUGUCGGCCUCAACGUCUCGCACUUUGGCCAGGAUGGCGCCGACAGGGCCAAGUUCAACGCCGUCCUGCCCCAGUGGCGCGACUCCAUCGUCCAGGUCUCCCUGACCCUCCCCUGGAGCUUCGAGGUGCCCUUUGCCGACAUGGUUGCCGAGCAGACGCGCAUGACCGAGGUCGUGCAGCCCGUCAUCGAGGCGGCGACCCCGGGCGCGGGCGCGUACAUAAACGAGGCCGAUUUCCAGCAAAAGGACUGGCAAGAGACGUUUUACGGCGUCAACUACCCCACGCUGCUGGGGAUCAAGCACAAGUAUGACCCCAAGGGUCUGCUGUACAAUGUCGCCGCGGUCGGUAGCGAGGCUUGGAUCGUGGACAACAACGGGCGCAUGUGCAGAGCUGACUCGCCGAGGGUGCCUCGUGUGCCUCGCGCAAGGUCGGUCAAGCGCCACUGA